AUGUCGACACACAGCUCGCCCUCCUCGCCGGCCGACACGGUCGCCUUUGUCGGCCUCGGUGUGAUGGGCUACCCCAUGGCAAUGAACCUUGUCAAAGGACUCGGCCCAAAAAAGUCGUUCCUGAUCUGUGAUGUAAAUGAGGACUCCCUUGAGCGUUUCCAGACAGAAUCGAAAGGCAGAGCAUCCGUGACGAUCGUGGCGAAUGGCUUCGAGGCUGCACGAGCUGCGAAUACAAUCAUUACCAUGCUGCCGAGCCCGGCCGCAGUCAGAUCUGUUUAUCUUGAUGACGACAAUGGUAUAUUGGCCGGCGCCAUCGCAGCCAGCCAGCAUCGUGAUCCUGAAACAAAACUGAUCAUGGAGUGCGGAACCAUCGAGAACGCUACCAUCAAUGCCGUUGCCAAGGCCUCCGAGGAGCUUUCCGCCAACAGACUUUCCAACACGCUGACUUUUGUCGACGCCCCAGUUUCGGGUGGUCCGAUGGGUGCCAUAGCAGGCAGUCUGACUUUCAUGGUUGGAUGUCCGUCCGCCACCUCGGAACGUGUCUUCCCCAUGGUCAAGUCGUACCUGCAACACAUGGGCAACGCAGAUGGCAUCUUUCUGUGCGGUGGCGUUGGCGCAGGUACAGCCUUCAAAGUAAUCAACAACUAUUUGAGCGCCAUCACGUCGCUGGCAGCAUCGGAAGCGCUCAACAUUGGCGUCAAGGCUGGACUGGAUCCGAAGCUGCUGACGGACGUGAUGAAUGCAAGUAGCGGACAGUGCUGGGUAACAAGCAAAAGCAAUCCCGUUCCGGGCGUCCAGCCCAAUGUGCCCAGCACGAAUGGGUAUGAAGGCGGGUUCAGGAUAGAGCUGUGCUCCAAAGUGCUGAGCAUGGGCACAAAGCUUGCAAACGAAGUCGGCGCGAGGACAAUCCUUGAUGGCCCGACGCAAACCGCCUUCGAAGAAGUGAUGAAAGAUGAGAGAUACAGGGGGAAGGACGCGAGAGUCGUGUAUAAGUGGCUGAACGAGAGUGACACGGUCGACAGAUGA